AAUCUCAUAACCUUCAUAACCUUCUCAUAACUUGUUUUACGAAUACGAAAAAAUAACGAAAACCCACAAUAUUAAAUAUUGUCGAAGUUGAUGGUAGAAAUUGGUAGAAAUUUGUUUUGUGCUCGCCAAUUCUUUUAAACGUCAAUUUUUGACGAAAAUUCUGUACACAUUGUGUGCGAAUUGUUUUUAGAGAUACAAAUUUACAUUUUUUGGCACGCAAAUUUCUAACGAAUAUUUACAACUCUUCAAAUACCCAAUCCGGAUCUGAAGGUAUAGAAGAAAAUGGAAUGUUUAAAGUGUACAAAAACUUUUAAAACCGAUAACGAGUUGGCUCGACACAUGGUCACACACGAUCCAGAUGCUAAGGUCAAAUGCGAGGUGAGUAUGUAAAUAGGAAAAAGUGGAGCUACAUAAUUUUGCAACCACAUUUGCCCAUUUCCGUCUUAAAUAGGUUUGCGCCUUAAUUUCCAAAAACAGACGUGCCUUAUGUUCCCACACGUGGAAACUUCACAUCAAUCGUCGGAAACGACCAAAUUGUGACACUUGUCACCGCGUGUUUUUCAACUCGACUAACUUACAGCGACAUAUUGACACCGUCCAUAGCGCGAAGGAACGACACCGUUUCCCUUGUACGUACCCUGGCUGUGAAAAAACGUACCGAAGCAAAAGCGAUGCUUCGCGGCACGUGAAAAAUGCACAUGCCGAGAACCUGGUUAGAUAUCCGUGCAACCUUUGUGGGAAGGAAUUUAAAUCGAGGACUCGAAUUCUGCUCGAUAGCAUAAAUUUGUCGGUUAAACGAAAUCUUUUUUUAGCUUUGAAACCGAAGGUGGCCCACCCGCUACUGUGAGUUACUACAUAGAAUCUGAAAUUAGAAAUCUAUCCGUAGUCGUAAUUGAGGCGAUAAUUUCGGCCGCCUCUAAACCGAAAACAUCGUAUGCGGGACGCAUUCGGGCCGAAUCUGAUUGUGCAUCGGGAAGAGUCACUUGAAACACUAUUUGGUGAUGCAUGCAAGACGGCACAAGGCUCCGGAUCGCGAAUGUUACUUCUGUAAGAAGAAAUUCAUCACUUGUAACGAAUUGGUUAGACAUUGUCGAGUUCAUACUUUAGAAACGUUUAAAUACUUACGUAUGUAAUUUACACACUCUUAGAAAUGUGUCUAACUUAGCGCUGAGUUACUUGCCUGCAUACACUGUACGGGGUAUUGAUAAAUCUACACAGGGUAAAGUGACCAACCCUUCACCGAGUUUGCCCAAACUUUACUCUGUUUAGGCCACUUUACUUGCGUUUACCCCAGAAAGAGUUGGCAAUGCAUAUCUUACCCGUGGCAGAGUUAUCGAGUUGGGCGGGGAAAUCUCCCCGCCCAACCCGGGGAAAUCUCCCCGGCUGAAGCCACAAAGUAGCUCAGUUCCCACUCAACCGCCUUCCGCAUACGCUGCGAGUGUAAUUUUGGCAGUGGAAUUUUAUUUAUUUUCUGACCCCCGUUUAAUUCUAACCACCCCCACUUGAAAAUUGCAACACAAGUAGUGCAAGGACUUCUACAGCAAUUUGGAUUACAGGAAUACGUAAAAAAUUGAGGGUAAAUAAAUAAUUAAGAAAUUCUUUCAAAUCAUACAAUAAAUUGUAUUCUCAUAAAUUUGAUUCGAAUUUUCCGUCUUAUUUUCAGAUCACCAUAUUGCAGAUGACGAAUUACUAGAGCCAUCGAAAGGGGGGGGAUGAAAUUUUAAAAUUGAUAAUUAAUUAAUAAAAUCUUGUAUUGAAAUUAUGUAAGGACAAUUAAGUAGAUUUCAAAUUAUUUGCAUAUACCGCUCUCACAGAAAGAACCCGGUACCGAGUAAGCAGUACCCCUAUGAGGGUUACCAAUGCGCAGUGCCCUGGCUGGAAGCGUUACUCCGCUGGGAGUAACGCUGUAUUCAACCGGAGUAAAAUGCGUAACUCUUUUGCUUUUAAGCUCCCACGUACACCAUAGAGAGUGCAUACACUAUUAACUCUGGCAUGGAUAGAAUUUUACUCCGUGUGGGGUUAUUUAUUCUUACAGUGCAUAUCAACAAUUUGGAAGUUUUCAUUAAAUUUACGACACAAAUCUUUUCCUGUAGAAAGCAAUGGGAUUAUAGCUACUAAUUUACCUAUAUUGUUGAUGUACAUCGUCAUCAAAAUGUUGGGUGGGUAGUUAUCUUCGUCGUAUUCAACCUAAGAGAGUAAUACAUAUAAUAGGGAAGGGGUAGGUGGUUGGUAUAAAAAUCGGCGUUUUUUAUAACGUAAUAUUAUUACGUAGAAUAGUAGACGUAGAAUCCCUAGAAUAUUUCGCAAACUAUUUUUGCUAUGAGAAAGAAGUACCUACCCUGCUGCGAGUCCACUUAAACGCAUUAUUAUACGCAAAAUUGGAAAUGCCUCACUUUUUACCAAUUGGCCAAGCAUUGUCGAGUGCACUAGAAAAGUAAAUAUAUGUAUGUAUUUAUAUAUGUAAACGGUGUUCUAAUAAUUUAAGAAAUGUUAUUAAAUUUGGGACAUUUGAGAAGUACAACGCAUAAUUUUGGGGUCUGUGGGGCCACGGGUUUUUAUUUUGUACUUUUGAAGAUUAGUAUAGGAUAAUAAUAAAUUAAUUACGUAAAGUUGAAAAAAGUUGCCUGCAACCAAUUUUGUAUUUCGAGAACCAUAUGAUUUUAAUUACAAAUUGGUCUAUUUAGUAACUAGACAUGGUCUUAUUUAACCAAAAAUAUUUCGCAAACUGGAUUCCCAUGUUGAGUACUUAUGUAAGUACGCUGUCGUGAUUACUUACAUACAUCCUCUUCAGCGUAUAAUUUUAAGCUAUUUAAUUGAACGAGACUGAUUAUUUAAAUGAAUAAAUAGGGAUUUUUUAGCAAAUAGUAAUUUUGGCUCUUCUCUUCUUUAGCCAGCAUAUGUACAUACAUGUAUAUUUAUUGUGAUAAUCUGUAUGUCUGCAUUAUAUAAAUCGUUGCGUAAGCAUUGUAUCCACUCUAAAUAAUCUGGUGAGAAAUUAUUGAAGUCGAUGUCUAUAUGUAUGAAUCUUCAUACCGAAAUUAGUACAUGUACUGCUUAAUUUACAAAGCCUUGAGACUAGUUGCGAAUUUUCGAUGAUUCGAUUUUUUGGUUAGAUUUUGUGAACCUUACUUUCUUGAACCUGCAAUUUGUUUCAGACAAUUUGUGUUCAUCAGGUCAUAAGCUAGAGUUUAUUAGGUUUAAAAAUCGUCAAAGCCAUUGUUUAAAAUAUUCAACGUUCAAGGAGUGGAAGAAAUUUGUUAUAAAGGGGUUCUUGUCGCACAUUUUUAUGGAAGCGUGGGCAUGAGCUGAUUAUGACUUUUGCUAAAAAUUGUGUUGUAUCGUAACACCAAAAAUGUAAUAUUACAUUAUCGUCUGUGGACAGACUGAUUGCUUUAAAUCCUAAAUGGUCAAAUUAAAGUGAGAUUUGAUUAAAUUUUUACUGUACAUAUACGUAUGUACAUACUUAUUUAUAUAUGUAUGCACUUCUUACAUAAUGCGGCACUGCAAUGAAAAAUAAUACGAAUUAAGAAGGGUUGAAAAAUUGGAAAGGGUUGAAGGUCCCGUGGUGAUGGAAAGGAUGAAAAUAAGGCUCUUAGGAAAAUCCCUUCUAGUUUUUGUGAAAAGGAAAAAUCGGGUGAUUGUAUUGUUACAUAUGCAUGGUUAUUAUUUUUAUCCAGGAAUGUGCCAAGGGUUCAUUCAUCUCUAUGGUUACAAAACGCAACCCUUUUCACACGCCACGAACCCAAAAUUGACUUUACGUGUUCACUUACUCUUAAGCAACACCAACAUAAGUCACCAAUUAUUAAGCAGUCCUAAAUCCUAUACAAGACACGGUAAGAAAUUAAGUUUAAAAAAUUACAGCUAUGUAUACAACCGUUGGGUAAUUGGAUAGCUAAAUAGUAAAAAAAACAUUUAUAUAAAACGAUAGCUAGCUAAAGCUUGCUGUAAAUGUGUUUCAUGUUUGUCAAUCCAUUAAAGUUUGUGAAUUGUUGGCAAUAAUUUUUGACAUAUUGUGUAAAUACAAACGAUUUUUUUCUUACGGAUACCAAAUUAAAUUUGUUCCGAGUCCAAGUCUACAAACCCAGAAGUACAUAAUCCACAUGGAUUUGAAGCCAGGAAAGGAAUGGGAAUGUUCAAAGUGCUCAAAAAUGUUUGAAACCAACCGCAGGCUAACCAGACACAUGGUCACGCACGAUCCCGAUGCCAAGGUCAAAUGUGAGGUCUGCUGCAAAAUUUUCGAAAAUAGAGACACCUUAUCUGGCCACAUAUCGAGAAUUCACGGCAACCGGAAGAGACCAAGUUGUGACACUUGUCACCGGGUGUUUUCUUCCCUGGAUUCUUUGCGGCGACAUAUUGCCUUCAUCCACAACGCGAUGUAUCGAUCUCGUUUCGGAUGCAGCGUUCCAGGCUGUGAGAGAAAAUUCAUGUACAAAAAGGACAUUUUGAAACACAGGGAAACUGAUCAUGCCGAGAAUCCGGUUCGAUUUCCGUGCACACUUUGCGAAAAAGAUUUCAAAACGAGGCAUCACCUUGAGGCACACAUUCCCACCCAUACGACUGAGAAGCCGUACAAUUGUGCCAUUUGUGGGAGAAGUUUUGCCCAAAAAUGGACCAUGAAAAGUCACGAGAUGACGCACGUAGAAAAAUCCACUCGAGAGAGGUUGCAGUGUCACGGGUGUCCGCAAACGUUCCUUUAUAAGAUAACGCUUCAACGCCACAUCCGACGUGUGCAUGAAAAUCAGAAGAAUUAUCCGUGCGCAGUUUGUGCCAAGAGAUUUACCAGUUCGUACCAUUUGAAUCGUCACGUGGAGGCGGUACACGCCACGAAUGAAGAUAAGAUCCAUUCCUGCGACAAAUGCGAGCACAAGAGCCACUCGAAAGCCAAUUUGGCCUAUCACAAAUUACGUCACAAUGCAGAGAGACAUAGAUGUUACUUCUGUCCGAAGAAAUUCUUAACUUUUUGCCAAUUGGUCCGACAUUGUCGAGUGCAUACGCUAGAAAAGUAAAAAUACGUAUGCACAUAUUGUGAGUGUGUAAAUGAUUUGCGAUUUUUUAUUAAAUUUGGGAUAUAUGAAAAUUUUUAUUUAUUUAGAAAGCUAUAUAACUUAAAUUGCAAAUUUAUCUGAUAACUGGAUAUGUCCUUAUUUAUUAAAAAAAAAUUCAAAGUUUAUUUGAAUGUGAAAUAAGUAAAUAUGUAGGUUAUCUUAGUUAAAUGUGUAGAAUUGUAUGUACAUACAUAUCCAGUUACUAAUACUGGGUAGAAAUGCUAGGGAUACGCAUUAGAACUUUAAACUAUCGAAUUGAACGAGAAUGGACUGAUGAUUCUAGAUAAUUAAUAAAAGUUUCUUGACAAAUAA